AUGGAAACCACUCACCCAGAGACACCACUCAUCCAGGAAACCACUCAUCCAGGAAAUCACUCACCAGAGACGCCACUCACCAGGGACACCACUCACCCAGGAAGCCACUCACCCAGGGACACCACUCACCCAGGGACACCACUCACCCAGGGACACCACUCACCCAGGGACACCACUCACCAGGGACACCACUCACCCAGGGACACCACUCACCAGGGACACCACUCACCCAGGGACACCACUCACCCAGGGACACCACUCACCCAGGGACACCACUCACCCAGGGACACCACUCACCCAGGGACACCACUCACCAGACCAGGGACACCACUCACCAGACCAGGGACACCACUCACCAGGGACACCAUUCACCUAGGGACACCACUCACCCAGGGACACCACUCACCCAGGGACACCACUCACCCAGGGACACCACUCACUCAUUGUCUAAGCACUCACCCAGGGACACCACUCACCAGGGACACCACUCACCCAGGGACACCACUCACCCAGAGACACCACUCACCCAGGGACACCACUCACUCAUUCUCUAAGCACUCACCCAGGGACACCACUCACCAGGGACACCACUCACCCAGGGACACCACUCACCCAGGACACCACUCACCCAGGGACACCACUCACCCAGGGACACCACUCACCCAGGGACACCACUCACCAGGGACACCACUCACCCAGGGACACCACUCACCCAGGGACACCACUCACCCAGGGACACCACUCACCCAGGGACACCACUCACCAGACCAGGGACACCACUCACCAGACCAGGGACACCACUCACCAGGGACACCAUUCACCCAGGGACACCACUCACCAGGGACACCACUCACCAGGGACACCACUCACCAGGGACACCACUCACCAGGGACACCACUCACCAGGGACACCACUCACCCAGGGACACCACUCACCCAGGGACACCACUCACCCAGGGACACCACUCACCCAGGGACACCACUCACCCAGGGACACCACUCACCCAGGGACACCACUCACCCAGGGACACCACUCACCAGGGACAUCACUCACCCAGGGACACCACUCACCAGGGACACCACUCACCAGGGACACCACUCACCAGGGACACCACUCACCCAGGGACACCACUCACCAGGGACACCACUCACCAGGGACACCACUCACCCAGGGACACCACUCACCCAGGGACACCACUCACCCGGGACACCAUUCACCAGGGACACACUCACCAGGGACACCACUCACCAGGGACACCAUUCACUAGGGACACCACUCACUCAUUGUCUAAGCCCCCCCCUCAGACACACACUUUUUGAUAAACAGUAG